AUACCCUUUCGGAGCCACUCAAUUGAGAGAGACCCGAGCGAGCAAGACACAUUCCGUUUGCGUUUGCAGAGACGUAUUUUGCGAUCACAUCAGACCCCGCACGAGCUCGACCGACCUUCGAUCACCGAAGCUUCUGUUAUCGCUCCUCAACGACCGUACCGCAAGCAUGUCCGCCCUUCGCGCCCUAGCUGCUCGCCGCACUCCGCUCGUUUCUUCUAGCAUUACGAAGCGCGCAGGCUUCCACUACUCAAUAGUCCGCGCCGCAGGCAAAGAGACACAUCUCCAUAGCGAAGGACGUGGGGAGGAGGUGCAGGAGAAGAAAGAGGAUUUGCUGAAGAAGCAGAAGGAGGGCAAGGGCCAUUGGGAGGAGAGCCUUGCAUCGGACAGCGAGAGUAUUGUCAAGGCGGAUCGAGGCGAAGUGGAGGCGUCAGAGGACACAAUCAAGAAACUACAGGAGGAAGCUGCAAAGGUCGCCAAUAAGAAGUUGUGAGCGGGCCGACUGCUGCAUGUUAGGCAAUUAAGGAACGUGGGCUGGAGGAUGAUAUCUAACAUUUACCUCUCUCAGAUUGUGUCGGAGCUUAGUGUGCCGACGGUGGUAUUGCAUCAUUUCUUUUAGAGCUAAUUCAUACUCGAGAUCAAGACUUAUUUGACACGCUGUACAUUCA